AUGAGCGACUCACUUGUGGGCCAGCGCCGGUCCUUUGAUGGUCAGCUAUGCACCAUUCGCUAUGUAGGUAGUGUUCAGGGCACCACCGGCGACUGGCUAGGCGUUGAAUGGGACGACCCAACUCGAGGGAAACAUGCGGGGGAGCAUAAGGGCGUCCGCUAUUUCACAUGCCAAAGCACCUACCCCACGGCGGGGUCUUUCGUUCGCCCCUCAAGACCAUCCGAGCUGCCCAGAAGCUUUCUGGAGGGUCUCCGUGCGAAGUAUGCCUCCGAAUCCGAACAGGAGCUUGUGAAAGAGUCCCUGACAGGCAAUAUUCCGCCAAAGACAGCCAUUGAGAUCAGUGGUAAGGUUGUUGAAGAAGUUGGCUUCGACAAAAUUCGCAAACAGCUCGCCGAGCUACAAGAACUGCGGAUUGUGUUACUGGACGGCCUACGCAUAUCGGGAGUUCUAUCCUCCUAUGACCAGCCGGAGGAUGAGGUUUCUCGGUUGGCACCAGAGAUUGCAUCUACUUGUCCCAAGGUUAUGGAGCUGGACCUUAGCCGCAGUUUAUUGACCCGCUGGCGUGAUAUUUGGCAAAUUUGUAACCAGCUCAAGAAGCUGAAGAAAUUGAGGUUAAACGGCAAUCGGUUGCAUGCUUUGGAAGAUAGCCUUGUGUUCGAGGCAAUCACCGAACUGCAUCUAGAAGAGACCCUGUUGAGUUGGGAAGAGAUUGUGACCGUGGCAUCGCGAUUCCCAUCACUUACAUCACUCACAGCUUCCGGGAAUCAGCUCUCCACACUCUCACGCCCGCUGACCAGCAGCAUUACGAAGCUGACGCUCGAGAACAACGAGAUCACUUCGCUAUCUGCCAUUCGGCAUCUGGCGAGAAUGCCAAACCUCGAGCACAUUUCGCUACGAGGAAACAAUAUCACCUCCAUCAAUGACGACAAAGAUACCAAGCCGGACUUCUACUUCCCACACACUGUCUGUUCCCUCGACCUCUCCCGCAACAACAUCUCCUCAUGGGCCUUCCUGAACGACCUUUCUAGCAUGUUCCCAUCACUUUCAACCCUGCGUAUUUCUGGAAACCCUCUCUAUGACCUCUCUCCCCUUCCGCCUUCAGUCGCAGCAGCGACGUCAACAAUGGGCGCCUCCAAACCCAUGACGGUUGACGAGGCAUUCAUGCUUACGCUAUCCCGCUUCCCGCCUUCACUUCGCAUGCUGAAUUUCAGUACCAUCUCUGUUCAAGACCGCUCCAAUGCAGAGAUGUACUACCUUUCCCUCAUUGGCAAGGAGCUAUCUGCCACUGCCGAAACAGAAGAACCAGAAAUCCUUGCCGCGCACCCGCGCUAUAACGAGCUAUGCGAUCAAUACGGUGCACCAACAAUCACUAGGGCAAUCGUGGGGGAUGGCUCGGGUGGAAGGACGAUCCAUCCCCGGUCCGUAGCCGCGCGACUAGUCAAGAUGGCAUUCCGUUUACAAGGGCAGUCAGGCGGGUCCGAUAUGCAAGUCCAACUCAAGGAAAUCCCCACUUCAUUCGAUUCCUACCAGGUGAAAGCUCUAGUCUCACGGCUUUUUGGGCUCGAGCCCUAUAGUUUCAAGCUCAUAUGGGAAACGGACGAGUUUGACCCGGUGGAGACAACGACCUUGGACGAUGGCAAGGCUGAUUGGGAUGAGGAUAGUGAGGACGAGAUGCAUGCUUUUGAUCGCGCUUCUGCAUCCGCCGAUACGAGCCGAUUUGUUCGGAGAGAAAUUGAGCUAGUGGAUUCCACGAGAGAUAUCGGGUUCCUGUUCCAGGGGGAACUGGGAGAAGUGAAGAUUCGGGUGGAAAUGUCUGUAUAG